AACGUCUGUGAAACACGCAUAGAAAAGAUGAGCCGAAAGGAAGUCCUGAUUUUGCUUUGCAUCUUUCACAUCCAAAACAGGAGGGUUGAAGGAGAUGACUUUUUCAUGACUGGGGGUGCGCGAUUUAAAUGCUUUCCCAGUCAGAUACCGGAGGACUGCAAUCAAGAUUUCACAGAUGCUUAUCCAGAACUUUCAAGAUCUGUGAGAAAUGAUACAUUAGCGGAUACCUACUUCUAUUUUUUAACAAGCAAAAAUCCGGACGUACCAGAGCCGCUUCACAAAUGCGGAGGAAAACUGCCAAAGGGUACAAACUUCAAUCCAGAAAACGAGUUUAAAAUAUACAUACAACCAUUUUUUAUAAAUGUAUGCGAUACUGCUAUAGCGAGGGAAAUGAAGGAUCAGCUUCUCGAAAGAGCAGAUUUCAAUGUUAUGAUAGUGGAUGACAGUUGGGCAAUGAGUUUUGAUGCACCAUCUGCUAUAGCCAAUGUAGAACUGAUUGGAAAACAAGUAGCGACCGUUUUACAGAACAUACAGGAUCAGACAGGAAUUGCUUAUGACAAAAUCCAUAUCAUCACACAUAGCCUUGGUGCUCAAGUUGCUGGUGCAAUCGGAAAACAUUUCAAAUUUUACAGAAUUACAGGGCUAGAUCCAGCUGCACCUUCAUAUGCAGACGAAAGCCUUUCAAUAGACAGAAGAUUGGAUCCAACUGAUGCGGAAAUUGUGGAAGUCGUUCACUGCGAUGCUGAACCGUGUACCAAACUUGGCAAUAACAUACGAUGCCGGAGACUACAAUUUUUAUAUGAAUGAUGGACGCAGGCAGUAUAGUUGUUAUCCUUAUCUAUUGGAAUCCAUUAUAAAAGGAGAUUUCAAAUAUGCUAUUGCAAGUCUGCUUCCACAAAUUUGUUCUCACCUCCAGUGCCUGCAGUAUUUCAAAGUAUCGAUUAAUCCCAAGGGUAAUCAGUUUGUUGGAGUUGAAUGCGAUAAUUACGAAGAUUUCGUGAGUGGAAAAUGCAGCAGCUGUGGGAGACAAGGCCAAAAAUGUGCCAUUAUGGGACUUGAUUUUGAUAAAUAUUCACCUGGUGCUUUCAGAAAUGACAAGAAAAAGAGAUAUUAUGUGGAUACAACUCUGACAUGUCCAUAUAUGGAUAAUAGCAAGAUCAAUCUUCGAGGGUACAAAGAGACUUUUGAAGCUUCACUGCAAGAUAAAUGAAAGCAAGAAUUAAUAUUAUUAAAUGAAAUUUAUUCUGUAAAACGUUAAAGCAAGCAAAUACCAGAAUAAAAGAAUAAAUUUUAUGAAAA